AUGGCCCAACUCUCCUCGAUCGCACAGGCGCUUGCCGUGCAGACCUCCUCCGUCGCCAUUCCGAAUGCACGCAGCACCGCCGCCGACUACUCCGGCACUGCCAACUUCGAAAAGGCCGCCAACGCCUUGCUCACUCCGCCGAGCUCCAUCUCUCCUCAGCUUCAAGCCCAGCGCACCCGUGCUGCGGCGUUCUCGCCACCGCCGAACAACAUGAGUCAAGAUACGGAGAUGGAGGAUUCUGCUGGCGAAUACUCGCCGGAUUUGGACAACAUCCAGCCGUCGUCGACCGGCAUGCCUCUCAGCCUCGGUGCCUUGUCUGAUCUGGACAACGCGGUGACCAUCACCCCGAGCAUGCUGGCUAAGCAGCACCUGCCGGGCAUCAUGCUCGGUAACGGGCCACGACCCAUCCGCUAUGUGAUGGGCGAGCUAUGCCAAACAGUACCUGGCUUCUCGCGCAUCGCACCGGCCAAGGCUCGCAGGAUUGUGGUCGCGGCGCUCGGCAACCCUGCUGGAGGUGGACCCAACGGAGAUGUCGUUUUCUCCAAGACUGGCUGGGGACGAUGGGAUGCGCACAUCAAGGGGUCUUCUCGUGAUUCCGCCAUCGGCUCCUUCAACGAGGGCAACCUGUCGCCUCCACGCAGUGAGCAGGGCAGCUACGCCAUGUCGCACAGUGAUUCAGCAAUCCACAUGCACGCUCAGCAUAUGAAUCAGAAGUACCGAGAAGGCUAUUCUGGUGGUAGUUGGACCGCAUCUAGCAUCCGCGAGGAGGACGAACUCGACAUGGAUAUGGAUCCGGUGGAAGACGCCGCUGAUAACAUGUCUCUGGACGGCGAUUCCUCUGACUCCUCGUCAGAAGAGUUGAACGAGGAUACCGACGACGAAGAUUGGGCUGCCGUUGGUAUCGAAGCGUUGCGGAAGGCUUCAAUGUCCACUUCCAACGUGACUCCUCGGCAGAACAUCCGUGUCGGCAGUAUCCCGUACAACGGACCCUGGGCAUCGAAGAGCUGGCAGCGACCAACUAUAUCACAAAGUCGAUCGUUCCAGUCAGCCUCGGUUCCGAACGGCGCCAACUUCCGAAAAGUGGACUAUGGCGGUGCGCGCUCAGUCCAGACGCCAGAAGAGCAAGCUGCUGUGGCAGCGCUUCUCAGCUUGGGAAGCAUGUGA